AUGUGGAAGUUUUCACUAUGGGUUGUGGUUUUGGUGAUGUUAGUGAAGAGUUGGCAGUCUUCGGGGUGUUGGGAGGAAGAGAGGAUAGCAUUGUUGCAUGUGAAAACUGAAAUAAAGUAUACAUACGGAAAGUCUUUGGAUUCGUGGAUUGACGAUAAAAGAAGCAACUGUUGUGAAUGGGCAAAGGUGACGUGCAGUAAUAUUACAAGGAGAGUGAUUGAGCUCUCUCUCGGUUCAACGAGGGAUAAAAGAGUUGGGUAUUGGUAUAUAGAUGCCUCUGUAUUUCUUCCAUUCAAACACCUCAAGUCUCUUGAUUUAUCAGGAAAUAAUUUGGGUGGUGUGGUUGAGAGUGGAGGUUUUGAUAAGUUAUCAAAACUAAGUGAUCUGGAAGUUCUUGAUGUGAGUUUUAAUAACUUGAAUCGUAGCAUUUUUUCAUCUCUCAGUCACCUUUCAUCUCUCAAGAUUCUCUAUCUCCUGGUCAAUCCUUUGGACUCGCCUCUUAAUCAUCUUGGUCGUGGAAAGCUUUCGGGAUUAAGUAAUCUGGAACUCCUCAACAUUAGAUCAACUGACAUGGAGGAUGAUAGUAUCUUAUCAGCUUUGAAUUUAAGUGACUUCAUCAGUCUUAAGGAACUAGACAUAAGCUACAACAAUUUCCAGAGCUUUGGACCAGUUUAUGGCCAAGGAGGACCAAAAAAAUUGGAGAAUUUGAACUUAUACUACAAUAGCUUUGGUAGCAGCAUAUUCAAGUCACUUAAAUGGCUUCCUUCACUCAAGAUUCUGAAUUUGGGUAGUAAUAAUUUCGACGGACCGUUACACAUAGAAGAUAUAAAUGCAUUGAACAAUCUGGAAGACUUAGAUUUGAGUGAAAAUGCUAUUGAGCGAUUUGAUACCUCUACAAGCCUCUCAGGCAAGAUCAGAAAUAACAGCCAUCUCCAAGUGUUGCACUUAAAUACCAUUAGUUCUAAUAUGACUUCUCUACUACAAUCUUUGGUAGCAUUUCCAUCCAUCAAGACCCUUGAGUUAGAAAACAAUAACCUUACAAGCAUAGACACAAUUCAUGCCUUGAGGAAUCUAAGCAACUUGGAAGAGUUGUUUUUAGAUGACGCUUUGUUGCAUAAGGACUUCCUUCAAAGCAUUGGAUCAAUGAGCAGACUAAUUGUCUUAUCCUUGCCUCGAUGUCAACUAGGAACAACUUUGCCUAAUAAAGGUUGGUGUGAACUCAAGAACCUUCAAGAGCUCGGAUUUAGUGCAAAUCAGUUUGAGGGAAAACUUCCACCAUGUUUAGGAAACUUAACAUCUCUUCGUUUGGUUGAUCUCUCUCUAAAUAAGCUUACGGGGAACAUUGCUUCAUCUCCACUUCCAACACUCAUGUCACUUGAGUAUCUUUCUAUUUCGAGUAACUUCUUUGAAAUUCCCGACUCGUUCAAGUCUUUUGGUAAUCAUUCCAAGCUUAAGUUCCUUUUUGCUGAUGGAAAUAAAGCAAUAGUAGAAACUGAGUUACAUGGAGAUUUAGUCCCUAAGUUCCAACUACAUCUCUUUACCAUGUCAAAUUGCAUUGGCCUUCAAAAAUUUCCAAGAUUUCUUCACUACCAACAUGAUUUGAGGAUUCUUAGGUUGUCGGGGAACAAUAUUGAGGGCGAAGUUCCUAGUUGGUUGCUACAGAACAAUACAAAACUUCAAGGAUUUUAUUUUGAAGGCAAUGCUUUCAAAGGAAUCCUUAAGUUUUCAUCACAACGUAACCAUGAUCUGCAGACGUUGGAUGUAUCAAACAACAAGUUGAGCGGAGAAAUUCCCAACAACAUAAGUUCAACAUUUCCAAAUAUUGUGGCAUUGAACUUUUCCUACAACUUGUUUGAGGGUCAAAUACCUUAUAUGGGAAAAUUGAACUAUUUAACCAAUCUAGACUUGUCAAACAAUUUCUUAACAGGGAAAAUUCCAAAAGAACUGCUGAUAAGUUGCCCAUCAUUGGCAUCUCUCAAGUUGUCAGACAAUAAGUUGGAAGGAGAAAUAGUCCAAGAAUUUGCUUGCCUACCUUCACUCUAUCUCCUAUAUCUUGAUGGUAACAAUUUCACAGGCCCUAUACCAUAUAGUCUUUCUAAUAUCCCCUUGCAAUUUUUAGAUAUUAGUGACAAUAACUUUUUUGGAAAAAUUCCAAGAUGGUUGGGUCUUGUGACAAGUCUAGAAGAACUCUCUUUAUCCAAGAAUCAUCUCGAAGGUCAUAUCCCUAUAGAGUUUUGUAACCUCGAUAGCAUCUAUCUUUUAGACUUGUCGGAGAACAACUUAACUGGCGCAAUUCCAUCUUGCCUCAACCCAUCUUCCAUAAAGCAUGUUCUACUCAGCAAAAAUCGCCUAGCCGGUCAACUUAGCCCUGCACUUUUAAAUAACACUUCCUUGGUGGUAUAUGAUCUUAGUCAUAACAAUUUUGUUGGAACAAUUCCAGAAUGGAUAGGUAGCAUCUCAGGGUUGAGCAUUCUUCUCCUUAAAGGAAAUCAAUUUGAAGGCAUGAUUCCAAUUGAGGUCUGUCAACUUAUCAGACUAAGUAUACUAGAUUUAUCAGAUAAUCACCUAUCUGGUCAUAUUCCCCAUUGCUUGUCUGAGAUGAAUCUAGAGGUGACUAAUGAGAAAUCCACUGCAAGUCAUUACACUGGUGAUAUUGAUUUUGCUUUGACAACUUACAUGUUCAACAUCAUGGAUACAAAUUCAUACCAUGUAAGUUUUGGGUGGGAAAAUGGUGUCGGGCUUGAUCCCUCAGAAGAUGACACGCCUACAAGGGUGGAAUUUAGAACAAAGGGAAAUGUAUACUACUAUGAAGGCAACAUCCUCAAUUAUAUGUCUGGGAUCGAUCUCUCCAAUAAUAGAUUCAUUGGUGAAAUUCCGCUCGAGUUGGGAGGCCUGAUAAAUAUACAUGCAUUAAACUUGUCCCUCAACGAUCUUAUUGGCACAAUACCAGAAACAUUCUCAAUGUUACGCAAUAUCGAGAGUCUGGAUCUGUCCCACAACAAGUUGAAUGGGACAAUUCCGAACAAACUACUCGAUCUUACCUCGUUGGAAGUCUUCAGUGUUGCGUACAACAAUUUAUCAGGUGCAGUACCAGAAGCGAAAGCUCAAUUCGCAACGUUUGAUAAAAGUAGCUACGAGGGAAACCCUUUUCUCUGUGGACCUCCACUAGAGGUUCAUUGUAGUAGUCCUAAGGCACCAUCUCUUUUGCCAACUCUCAACAAUGACUUUGAUCAACAAGGUGCAGGUUGGAUGGAUAUGGAGGAUUUCUAUAUUAGCUUUUCAAUAUCUUAUCUUACAUUCUUGUUAGGAUUAGUGGCAGUGCUAUGUAUAAAUCCUCAGUGGAGAUACUCAUGGUUUUAUGCCAUUGAAGUUCUCUUUGAAUCCUUUCUCUACUGUCUAUGCAAAAAUUGA